AUUUUAAAAAUGGAUAUAAGAAUUUUGGAGGAAGAAAACAUAGAAGAAAAGAAUAUUCAUAAACAAACUAAAUCGCUGGUUUCUGCAGAUUUUAAUACAGGAUUGCAGUGCUUAGAGGAGCUUUGCAAGAAAGCAGAUAUAAGUGAUGAGAAAUAUUUGAUACUGAAAUCUAAAUAUGUAAAGCUACUAAAUUCAUAUGAGGCAGCUACUGAGAUGGAAAAAAUAUAUAUUAAUGAGGGAAUUAAAUUAUUAGAAAUAAUUGAAAAACAAACCGCAGAACUUCAAAAAAGUGAACAGUUUCCUUUUGAUGAUGAUAGUGAAGUGAAUAAACUGCGCUGCACUUAUUUAAAGUACAAUAAUGAACUCGCUGCUAGCACAGAACGCAUGAUUAAUAUGGAAUAUCAAUUAGAAUCCUUACUUGAAGAAAAAAAGGUUCUUCAACAAGAAGUUUUUAGAAUGCCAAAUCAAGAAGAGGUAGAUGCAUGUGUAAUAAAAUACAAAGAUGAAGUUGAAAGUCUUAGACAAGAAGUUAAUCAAAGAGCUAAUGAGUGUAAACAUUUAAAUGAAGAAGGCAUGACUAAGUCUAAUCGAAUUAUGGUUUUACAAAAAGAAAUGGAAAAUAUAGGAAAAGAGGAGUUAGAUCAAAAGGAGGAGUUAAUACGCAUGCAUAAUGAUCAUUUAUCUAAAAAGUCAGAACUGAUCAUUGGAAAAUUGAGAAAAACAUCUGAGAAAGCUAAGCUUUGUGAUAUUGCUGUACAGGAAAUCAAUAUUGGAAUUUCUGAAAUGAUUGACAGAGUUGCUGCUCUUGAUAAAGAAAAGGAGAACCUGAUUGUAGUUUUAGAACAGCUUCAAGAAACAUGUCAAAAAAAGGAAAAAGAAGCUGAUCUUCUUGUAAAGGAAUAUGAGUUUGGAAAAGAUCACCAAGCUGAGCUACUUGGCGAUAGAGUUACAUUAGAUUUAAAAAUAAUGCAUUUAGCUAUGGAAUUGAAAACGGAGUCCAGAUUAAAUGCAAGAAAAUCAAAAGAGAGAGAUAAGGAAUUAAAACACUUGAAAAAAGCUGAGCUUCAAUUGAGUGCAAUAGAAGAUAGUUUUGCUCAAACAAAGUUGUUGUUGAAUGAUGUAAAAUUGCAGACAUCAAUAGAAAAUAAAGAUUCUUUAAUUGAAAAACGCUUAAAUUUACAAAAAGAAGUAGAGAUUGUGAAAAAGGCUUUUACAAAUCAGAAAACAUUGACAGCUUUAGAAAAACAGAAGUUUGAAAUAAUUAAUCAGACAGAAAGUUUAUAUUUGAUGGAGUUAACUCAGCUUCGUAGUGACAUAGCUGAUUUGACAAGACUUGCACAGAUAAAAGUAGACAGUAGAGAGCAGAAAAUAAGAGAUUAUCAAAAAGCUGAACUCAGACAUAACAAGAUGAAAAAAGAGCUUAGAUUAAAGGAACUUUCUGUUCAUGAUCAUGCUAAAAUGUACUCUGAUGUUCAUAGAAGGCUGGGAGACUUUUCUAAAUUGUAUAAUAUUAUUAAAAAUGAAAGAAACAAGUUUGUCAACCUGUUCCAAACAAGCACUCAAUGCGCUGCAGAGUUGCAAGAGAAGGCAAAGGUUUUGCAAAAUGAAGUUGAAAUGCUCAGAAAUUCUGCUGUUGAAAAAGAGAGGCAGUUCCAAAAGUCUAAACAAGUGCUAUUAAAUGAUACAAUAAUACGAGACAAUAUUCGAAAAGAUAUUUGCAAACAACAAGUGAAGACUAAUUUAUUAAAAGAGAAAUCAGAACAACAGAAGAUAUCCAUUUUGGCAUUAAACAACAUGAUUCAAAUAGCUGAAGGUGAUCUUGUAGAACUAAAAGAUCGUUAUGAGUAUUCAGUUCAAGAACGAAAUAAUAGAGGUUUACAAUUAAUUGAAAGAAACGAAGAGGUAUGUGCACUAUAUGAAAAAGAAAACAUUCAAAAAAAUUUGAUUAAGAAUAUAGACUCUAUGCUUCAUGAUUGUGAAGAAGAGUUCAACUUUUUAAAAACAGAGUCUGAAGAUUUCAAACGCUCUAUUUCUAUACUGAAGUCCAUUGUUCCAAAGAAGAAUAUUUUAAAUGAUGAGCUUUCAUUUUUACAGUUGCAACUUGCUCAAACUCAAAAAAAAAUUUUGAAUAUAGAAGAAACAUUAGAGAAUCCUUUAAAUUCUGGACAUAUAAGGCUAUUGCCUGGCCAUGAACCAUCUUCAGAAGAGUUGUUAAAGAAAAUUGAGGGGCUCGAACUCAAGCUAUUUGAUGUUGAAGAGAAACUUAAAGAAAAAAAUUUAAUCUAUGAACAAUUGAAAAAAAUUGUUAGCAAAGAACAAAAUUUAGCUGAAAAAGAAGAUUCUAUUAAUCUUGCUAGAAAAGUUAGCGAUGUGCAAGUGAAAAUUAAAGAAGCUACACGCAAAAUGAUGGCAAUUGUUUCAGAACUAUCUAUGAAUCAAGCUUUAUCAAUGAAAUAUCAUCAAGAGGUUAAAGAAAAAGAAGCGUUUCUGCAACAAUGUCGAACACGAUUAGAACAAGGAAUUGCACCUUACGAUAAUGCUGAACAAGAUUGGCUUCGAUAUUUGAAAGAUGAAGAGAGACAACUUAAAGCUCAAGCCAAAAAGAAGGCAGAUGAACAUUUGCAACAAAAUAUGUUACCUGGUGUAGUUAUAACAACCGCUGAGCCUCGCCCUAAUGCAUAUAUACCUGAUGACAGUUCUAGUUUACCUCUUCCUAAACCUUAUGGAUCGAAUGCUCCUUUUAAGCCUACUGAGUUAGGAUCUAAUAUGAGGCAUAUUAGAAAACCUCUAGUAAAGCCUAUCGAGAUUUAAAUAUUAAAUAAAUGUGUAUGUAUAAAAGUGUUAUGUUAGUAUAUAAAUAGUUUUGAAACAAUUUA